UCAACCAAUAAACAAUGACAAUUUCAACGUUUAACAAACAAUUAUAAGGAAUCAAAUAACUUGUGAUUAAAUUGUUGAAUCAAUUCUAUUUAACAAGUUUCUUUAUAAAGUUUUAGUAAUAUAGACCAUUUCCGGAAGUUUUUACAAUAGCAAAAUGGUAUCCGAUGACUCCGAUGAUGAGCCCCUGUCAAUUUUAGCUGCAGAGAAAAGAUUACACCCAGAAAAAUUCCCAGAACCCGAACAUGAAGGCGCAAGUACCAGCAUCGUUCCCAAAAAGAGACAGAGAAAAUCACUGACGCCAAAAAAACUGGGAAUCACAAUUAAAAUAAGAAAACAAAGGACAUUUCCACUUCCUCCUGUGAUAGAAAGACCAGCUGAUGUUUGGCUCUAUCUUAAAGACUUGAAUCCUGCUGGUCCUUACAGCUGUUUACUAUGUCCUGAUUGGUUUAUAAAUCGAUCAAAAAUGAUCAUGCAUUAUGUGUUAAAUCACAAAAAAGAUUUUUGUGGUAUUUGUAGAUAUUUUGUACCAAACAGGGAGUUGUGGCAUGAACAUGUAAAAUUUCAUACACCUUGGCCGUGCUCCCAAUGCAUCGCAAACUUUCCCAACCAAGUUACAUUACGCCAUCAUCUAAGCAGCGCUCACAAAUUAGUACACUGUCGCUUAUGUCACUUCCGUCUCCCUGACGAUGACCAAUACAAUUGUCAUCUGUUCCAAAAACACAGUGUUAUAAAUGUACUUAGUAAAGAUGAAGAAGUGCUCUGGGAUUUUGACUAUGAUGGUACUACGAAAUUUUUAUGUUUACUCUGUUCGAAGGGCAAUAAUCUAAGUUCUAUGUUUUUCAAGCAUUACAUGGGUUACCAUCAUUUUACUAUCAAGUGUUUAACCAGUUUACUUUCUGGUAGAGAUUCACCGUUCACUGUUAAUGGUGCUGAUGUAAGUGCUCACUUUAUUGAUGGACAAUUGCAAGGGCAAAUUCGUUACGGUUAUGUUGAUUUGGAUAAAAUAUCUUUCAAUGGAAUUCAAUUAGAUGAACAAAAUAACGAGAAAUAUAAAUACUUAAAAGCAGAAGUAAAACAUGAAGAUGCUACAGAUGGUGAAGUAAGACAGAGUAGUAAUAAAGAAACUAAAACUGAAGACGUAAAUCAGAAUUAUAAAGGAGAUGAAGAUUUUGAUGUAACUCAUACAGAACUUUUAGUUUUAGAGAAGAGUUUUUUUGAUUAUGUAAAACGUACACUACAUGAUAUAAAUAAUAAUCAAAUGCCUUUAAAUUCUUUGAUACAAUAUGAAGAUGGUAAAUCUGAUAUAACAAAGGAAAUAGAAUGUCCAUUAUGCAAAUCGAAGUAUGAAAAUGUUCAAGCAUUUUCAUUGCAUAUGAAUAAAAUGCAUUGCAUUAAGUUCAUCCCAUCAUAUUCAUGCAGAGUUUGUGCGACCACAUUUGAUACACUUAGUGAGCUAGAAACUCACACAGCUCUUGAAAUGGAGAACUUCGAAGAUCUUUGGAUCUGUCAGUUUUGUGACAAAGAGUUUGACAACCGAGAUGCGACAAGAAAGCAUUUAACGGAGCACUGGCAGGUUAUGGAAUAUGACAAUUGUUUCAGCCCACACUUGGGUUUUAAAUGCAGAUUUUGUCCGAUGCUGUUUUGGAACGAAACGGACCGUGAAGAACACCAAGUUAGAGAACAUUUAGAGAAAUAUCGGGAUCAGUUUUAUAAAUGUAUUAACUGUUUAGAACUGUUCAGUGAAAAAGUGUGGUUUAUACAUCAUCAUUUGGAGAAACACUCUGCUGAUAAAAUGGAAACAUAUCUAAUAAAGUGCUGUUUAUGCUGCAUUGUCUUACCAAGCAUUGAGGAGAUGAGGAACCAUUUCACUGAAGACCAUCCGGAGGCUCGGAAAGUGUACUGUUCAUUGGGUUCAUGUCAAUACAAACCUUUGAGUCAUAGGAAGUCAUUUAAACUGCAUGUUAAGGCGAUCCACAGUCCGUGCGCGCGGGCGGAGCGCGACGUGAAGUGCGCGGUGUGCGGGCGCGAGUUCGCGAGCGCGCGGGCGUGCGGCGCGCACGUGGCGCAGGUGCACGGCCCCGGCAAGUUCAAGUGCAAGCUGUGCCGCGACACGCUGCACACCACUGACGAGAGGAAGCUUCACUACCUACUACGUCAUCCUGGACGCCACCCGUACGAGUGCGCGGACUGCGGCAAGUCGUUUCAGUACAAGUCCUCGUUGUACAUGCACCGACAGGACCAUAUACCUAACAAGCAGACGUACACAUGUAGUUACUGCUCGAAAGUUUUCAUGAAAAAGGAUUCGUUCCGCGAGCACGUGCAGAUCCACGAGGGUCCGCGACACGCGUGCUCGUACUGCCCCAUGCGCUUCGUGCAGCGCUCCAACAUGCUGCGCCACGAGCGCAGGCACACCGGCGAGCGCCCCUACGCCUGCCCGCACUGCGCGCGCACCUUCGCCGACAAGGGCGCCUGCAACUCGCACGUCAGAACACAUUCCAAAGAAACAUCAUUCGCGUGCCUCUACUGCGGUCAGACAUUUGUACAAAAGUCCAAACUAACCUAUCAUAUAAGAAAACAUACGGGAGAGAAUCUGGAAACAUGUCCUGUUUGUUCCAAAUUAUUUACCAGCGGAUGCUCGUUACGUGAACAUAUGAAGAUACAUGUGGCCAAGAAAUAUUUAAUUAAAUGUCCAAUGUGUGAUAAAAAGUACCAGGACGAGCGGUACAUGCUGCGACACCUACGCACGCGGCACGCGGGGGCGCAGCACGCCUGCCCGCUCUGCCACAAGCUGCUCACCAGCGCGCCCGGCCUGCGCCGCCAUCUGCUCACACACAGCGCGCUGGACAUCUUCCACUGCAAAUGUUGUCCAAAAUCCUACGCGAUUCAGAGAACUAUGAUAAAACAUCUACGCAGGCGCCACGGACUGAACGGCACUGAGAUUAAUAUUAAAGAUUUCUUUAGAAGACUGGACCCUAGAGAGUGUCAACUGGGAUUAGACGAAGAAACCAUGGUCAAUAUAUUCGGACCACCCAAGAAGGUUACAUCAGUCUUAGGAGCGGAUUUCGUGAAUUUAGCUAAUCUUUAUAAGAAAGAUGAUGGAGGGAAAGAAGAACAAACAGACGAUGAUGAUUCAGAUGAAGCAUCUUUACAAACACUUAGAAAGGAAUAUAUGAAUCGUGAAGGAGAAAGUAACAGAACGUUAGAGAAUGUUACAAUUAAACUGGAAACUAUAACAACUGAUGUAUUGGAGCCAACUGAUUUUGUCAGUGUUAAAAUUGAACCAUACGAUGAAAACGAACAUCAAUAGAAAAUGUUCAAUUUAAUACAUUUUAAACCCACUCUUAUAGUUUGUCUAAAUAAGAUUAGUUUGAUAAAUGACGCAUAUAAAGU